CCUUCGCCCCCCUUCACGCGCAAGCUCACACAUUCUCCCUUUCCGUCUCUUUUUCACGGAGUCCGGCGAUGGCUCGUCGGAGAUCUCUUGUUCGGCUAAUUAGUUUAUUCGUCGUGUUGAUGAUGCUGUGCCCAUUUUCUCGCUCUGCAACUCAUGUUAAGCAUCUCCCAGGCUUCAAUGCGGCGCCACUUCCCUUCCGUAUGGAAACCGGGUAUUUGACAGUGGAUGAAGUAAGUGGGGUGGAGUUGUUCUACUAUUUCAUCGAGUCGGAGAGAAACGCCAGUGAGGACCCAGUCCUCCUAUGGCUUAGUGGUGGCCCAGGUUGUUCCAGCUUCACCGCUCUCUUCUUCGAAAUUGGCCCAGUAAAAUUUCGAAUAGCUGCUUACGAUGGGACUGUGCCAACUCUUUAUCAAAAUCCUUACUCUUGGACGAAGGUAUCUAGCAUUAUUUUCGUGGAUUACCCGGCUGGGGCUGGAUUCUCAAGCCCACCUGUGUCUCAAAACUAUAAGACAGGGGACGCUUCUUGUUCUAACCAGGUUUAUGUGUUUCUUAAAAAGUGGUUAGUUGAGCACCCACGUUUUCACUCCAACGACUUUUAUGUGGCUGGAGAUUCUCAAGGCGGCAUGAUAGUCCCCAUCGUUGCUCAAUUGAUUGCACAAGGAAAUGAAGUGGAAGAUGGGCCCCUUAUUAAUCUUCAGGGUUAUAUUAUUGGGAAUCCAAGGACAGGUGAAGAAAUUGAUGUCAAAGCUCGAGUUCCAUUCGCCCUUGGAAUGGGUAUCAUCUCUGAUGAAUUUGCCGGGCUUGUGCAAAAGAAUUGUGCGGGACAAAACGACGAAAGUCCAACAACUGCCGCGUGUGCUGCUCACCUCAAAACCUUUCAAAGAUACCGCUGGGAGUUGUCGGAGACAGACGUGUUGGAGCCCAAAUGUGCGGUGGACUUCCCAAGGCCUAAAGACGUCGCCGGAGAAUACUACAAGAGAUCACUGAAAGAGGACAACUUUGGGAACCGCCUCUUCCGUCCACCGCCGGCUCCUGAGCUCCGCUGCAAAGGAUAUGCUUAUUACCUUGGCUAUUUCUGGGCAAACAAAAAUGUCACCCGAGAAGCCCUUCAAAUCAAGAAGGGAACUGUGAGGGAAUGGCAGAGGUGCAACACCUUGGAUUACGUAAAAGACAUCCCAAGCAGUUUACCUUAUCAGCUGAAUCUGUUGAAAAGAGGUUACCGAGCUCUAGUUUACAGUGGGGACCAUGACAUGCUCAUCCCAUUUGUGGGCACUAAGGUGUGGAUUAAAUCCUUAAACUUUACGGUUGAGGAUCCAUGGAGAUCAUGGAGCGUGGAUAAUCAAGUUGCAGGGUAUACGGUGCAGUAUUCACACAAUUUAACUUUUGCGACAGUGAGGGAUGCAGGACAUACUGCUCCAGAGUACAGGCCCCAGCAAUGUUUCGCCAUGUUUGAUAGAUGGAGUUCAAGGAAGCCUCUUUGAAAUAUAUUUUGAGGCAAAAAUAAAUGCAUCAAAAAUUUCAAUAAUAUCUUCCUCUGCAUUCAAUCACAUUUGAGCUGUAUCAUCAGUUAAAACUACGUUGUAUUAAUUGUAAAAUGAGGGUUUUUAUCAGUGGCAACCCUUGCACUAAAAGCUAUAUCAAAUAUUUAUCAAAUGCAUGAAUAAUGAAUUUGAUUUAGUUGACGAUUGCAUGAA